AUGCGGAAACGUGCUGACGUCGGUGGAUCGAUGGCGUACGAGACGAUGACACCGGCGUCGCACGGUGAGGGCGAGGACGACGCGACGGCGACGAGCGAGUCAAACGCUUUGACCAACGGGAUUUUCAAAAGCGGAGAUACACGUAAACACGCGCGCGCGGAGACGCCACCGACGCUUCGGGAUGCUGCGUGGGACUGGAUAAGCGUACAAGCAUGCAUCGUCGCAGGCAUCAUCGUGAUAACUGGCUACUUUUCCUUCAUAUCCACCGGUACGUGGCGCAAGUGCGUGAAAUCUCUCGACGUAGACCUGCGUGAUGCUUCGGGGCGAGAAGAAGUCAUUCGAACGUUUCUACGCUGCACUUUCGCGCGCGAACGAGGUAAAAACUAUCGACCGUGGCGAAUGGGUGACUUUUCCGUGCUCUUCGUGCGGCUGUCGACGAUCACAUUUUACGGCGAGGUGAUUUUUCACCAGAUGAGCGCGUGGCACGUCUCAAAAUAUCGUAAGUGGCGCACAAAGUUCGCCGUGCAAUCGUUCGCGCAAAUGUACAUCGUUUACUUUGUCAUGAUAUCGAUUUUGGGGUAUCACUCGACAUAUUCUCACAUUGUCGUCCUGAACUCCUUUAGUGCGCUCUUCCUUUGCGGUGCGACGGCGAAGGAGUUUUGGAACACAAAAGGUUUGAGUUGGUUCUGGACGUACUUUUUUGGACCUGGCAUCAUCGGUAGGCCAGUGGUUGAAUUCUUCCUCGUCAUCGUCGCCGAUCCGAACGUUAGCGCGCCUCUCAAGCUCGCCGUGCGGUUCAUUUUUCUGCCCUUACUGUGGGAAACUUUUCGCGGUUUUGAAAGGCACUUCACGAGGUUGAAUCCGUCUCCUGGGCCGUGCCUUAAUCUUCCGUAUUUCAUCUCUAGCACGCUCCAGGAGUCCUUCGUCUCGAGGUAUGUGAUGUUUCUGCUCUCUGCGGGCGGUGCGGUGAAAAGCAUGGCAACCGUGCAGGCGAUACUGGCUUUACACGAACUCAUGAUGAACGUCGUGCAGAAGGAUCGAGACGUGCACUUGGUUAAGUUAUUCCUCGGAAAACAGUCCGCGGAAGCUCUGCUCGUGUCGCGCAAGCAGCACGAUAUCGUUGCCUUAAACUCAAUCGUCUCUUCAUUCGCAGAGAUUUGUGCAAUCAUCGUGAUUUCUCUGUACUUGUAUGUCUUUCGCAUGGCGAGCGAAGGCAACGAGGACGUCGUCGACUUGAAGGCGUACGGUGUGCAGGCGAUAAACUUGAUAGCGAUCGAAAUGGUGCUUUCGUUCUUCAUCAUGUACGUUCAGCAACGGUUCCACGGUAUACGACACGGCGAUGUUUUCCCUAAAGGGUAUUUUUUACGCAAGGGAAGAUGGCUCGCCGUGAGCUAUAAAUUCGUCGUUUUUCUGUGGAUCACCGCCAUGAUGGCGCACAAGGUGACAAUUUAUCUCGUUGGUAAUCAGUUCCACAAGUACCUGUGCCCGCGUAUCAACGAUGAUGGGAGCGUCUUCACCUUUCAAUGUUCGACAGAGGAUUACAAACUCGCGCCAGGAGGGUUUUACUACAACUCGGAGGCGUGGUUGAUUCAACAGUACGACUAUCCCGUCGCCGUUUUGUCGGACAAGGGGUAG